UGCAACGAAACCGUGGGAAAACCACCCGAAAACCACCGGAUGGAGAUGGAGAACGGCAACGGCAACGGCUCGGCGCGCCCGCCGCACGUGGCCAUGCUGGCGACGCCCGGGAUGGGCCACCUGAUCCCGCUCGCGGAGCUGGCCGGGCGCCUCGCCGCGCGGCACGGCGCGACGGCCACGAUCGUCACGUUCGCGUCCGCGGCGUCCGCCACGCAGCGCGCGUUCCUCGCCUCGCUCCCGCCCGCCGUGGCGUACCUCUCGCUCCCGCCCGUAGACCUCUCCGACCUUCCCCGCGGCGCCGCCAUCGAGACGCUCAUGUCCGAGGAGUGCGCGCGCUCCGUCCCAGCCCUCACGGACAUCCUCGCCGGGCUCAAGCGGACCACCCGCCUCGUCGCGUUCGUCGCCGACCUCUUCGGCGCGGACUCGUUCGACGCCGCGCGGGACGCCGGCGUGGCGCGGAGGUGCCUCUUCUUCCCGUCUAACCUUCACGUGUUCACCCUCAUCUUCCACCUCCCCGAGCUCGACGCCUCCGUGCCCGGCGAGUUCCGGGACCUCGCCGAGCCGCUCCGGCUGCCGGGAUGCGUGCCCAUCCCGGGGCCCGACAUCCUCAUGCCGCUCCAGGACAAGUCCAACCCCUGCUACAGGUGGAUGGUCCACCACGGCGAGAAAUACCGCUCCUUCGACUCCAUCCUCGUCAACUCCUUCGACGCAGUCGAGCCGGAGCCCGCCAGGUUGCUGCGCCAGCCGGAGCCCGGAAGGCCGAUGGUCUACCCCAUCGGCCCGCUCAUACAGACCGACAGCAGCAGCAACACCGAGCGCGCGGCGUGCCUGGAGUGGCUCGACCGGCAGCCAGCCAAGUCGGUCAUCUUCGUCUCCUUCGGCUCCGGCGGCUCCUUGCCGACGGAGCAGAUGCGCGAGCUCGCGCUCGGCCUGGAGCUCAGCGGGCAACGCUUCCUGUGGGUGGUGCGGAGCCCGAGCGACGAAGGCGCCGUGAACGACAACUACUACGACGCCACGAGCAAGAAGGACCCCUUCGCGUACCUGCCGGAAGGGUUCGUCCAGCGGACCAAGGACGUGGGCCUCCUGGUGCCCUCAUGGGCGCCGCAGAUAAAGGUGCUGGCCCACGAGGCCACUGGCGGGUUCCUGACGCACUGCGGGUGGAACUCGGUGCUGGAGACCCUGGUGCACGGCGUGCCAAUGGUGGCGUGGCCGCUCUUCGCCGAGCAGCGGCAGAACGCGGUGAUGCUGUCGGAGGGGGUGGGCGCCGCGAUACGGGUGCCCGAGGCGAAGGGGAGGGAGAAGAUCGCGGCCGUGGUGCGAGAGCUGAUGGUGGGGGAGGGGAAGGGCGCCGCGGUGCGGGCGAAGGUGGCCGAGCUGCAGAAGGCCGCGGCGGAUAGCCUUGGCGAGGGUGGCAAGGGCACGACCGCGCUGGCCGAGGUGGUGGAGAAGUGGACAAACGGAGAGAACUAGAUGCCGAGCCAGUACACCUAGCUAUCAAUCAACCCACCAUGAAAAAUUGCUUGUAUACCAUUAAUUUAGUUGCGUUUCAAAAGUUUGUCAUCCUCCUCAAAUAUCAUCGACACAGGUAAUCUCAUUUGUCGAUGAUAGAGAUAUAGUAUUUUAUCAAAACACUAAUGUAAAUAGUAGUAACCAGACGAAUCUCCAUAUAGCUAAUUUGUGUGCUAAGCAUGAGUGACAUAAAAUAUUUUAUUUGCCAUUAGUAAUUAAAAUUUAUGAGUAGGAAAACCAUAUGUGACAUGUGCAUUACAUGCCAUGCCAUGCCAUGCCAAUAUUUCCAAAGCUGCAGAUUAAGAGUAUAUUAAUUUGAUGUCGUAUUUGUAAUGAUCUGCAGAAUAAGAGUGUAUUAAUUUGAUGUCUUGUAAGCACAAAUUUUUUUAAA